GAGUCUUGAUGAGGCGCCAGGUCUGCUGGUGAGGUGGACUUGCUGCCUGAAGAAAUGCUACCACUCGGAUGCAAGAACAAGACCCACUAGUGUCAAGUCACUGGCGUGAGUGGCUAACUUUGAGCUGCUCCGGCGUGAAAGAUGGAGUCAUAAGAGGAGGAAUCGGGGAUGGUGCCUCGCAUAUUUCUGACCUACUUCAUAAGUUUGAGUGGAGUGGCCCUUUUCUGUUCACGGAAUCCGUCUCGAGCUUCUGCACCUCCGAUCCCUCUCCUCCCUUCCUCCUCUUCCCUCCUCCCUCGUGCGCUUCCUCCACCUCUCUCUUUAUCCGGAGCUUAUCUGGGUGCGCAUCGUCAGCUUCAGUUUGAAGUCAAAUCUGACAAUCGCUGCUUUGCCGGGACGCCAAACCGCCUCUGCGAGCCUCCUCGCCCUUUAAACAAAAGGUUCAGCGCCGGAUUAUUGCGUAAAACUUGACUCAGGACUGUGGGAGCGCGUCUUCUCGCUGUCUUCAACUUGAGGCAAAGAAAGGCGAGGAACUCCUCUGGAUUCUCCGUACAUCGAGCACAAGUCCGGAUAUAUCGUUUGAGGUGUCGAAGUGCUUCUUAAGGAGAAUUCGGAGGAGAUUUCUUACUUUCGUCCUCAAAGAUGAAACGGCCCAGCGGUCCUGUUUACUGAAACAGUGGUCCCUCUAAACCCACACCAAAACUGUCUCCGCUUCUCACUCCAGCGUCUUCACGUCAACUUCCCGAUCGAGAAUGAGCCAUGAGUGACGGUUGUAAGGGCUUGUCUCCUUGGUCCUUCUCUACUGUGAGGCAGUGAACUCACGCUGGAUACAGCAUGCAUGUGUCGACGUACCCUAGCGGCCCAGGCCUGCUCUUCCUCAGCUUUCUUCUGCUGGCCAAUGGAGACUCUCCUCCAAAAUUCACAAGGACCCCAGAAGACCAAACAGGAGUCCAGGGGGGAGUGGCGUCCUUUGUGUGCCAAGCCACUGGAGAUCCUCAACCCAAGAUUGUCUGGAACAAGAAAGGCAAGAAAGUUAGCAACCAGAGAUUUGAGGUGAUAGAGUUUGAUGAUGGAUCCGGCUCAGUCCUGAGGAUCCAGCCGCUCAGGACCCCCAGAGACGAGGCCAUUUACGAAUGUCAUGCCUCCAACUCGGCGGGAGAGAUCACAGCCUCCACCCGGCUGAGUGUGCUGCGAGAGGACCAGCUGCCUUCAGGGUUCCCCACCAUCGACAUGGGUCCCCAGCUGAAAGUGGUGGAGCGUUCCAGGACCGCCACCAUGCUAUGUGCAGCGAGCGGAAAUCCCGAUCCAGAAAUUACUUGGUUUAAAGAUUUCCUCCCCGUCAACACGUCCACUAACAAUGGGCGAAUCAAGCAACUGCGCUCAGAGUCCUUUGGUGGCACGCCCAUACGAGGUGCCCUCCAGAUAGAGAUGAGCGAAGAGUCUGACCAGGGUAAAUAUGAGUGUGUUGCCACCAACAGUGAUGGGACGCGAUACUCCACGCCGGCUAACCUUUAUGUUCGAGAGCUACGAGAAGUGCGUCGCGUUCCACCUCGCUUCUCCAUCCCGCCAGCUGACAGUGAGAUCAUGCCAGGGGGGAACGUCAACAUCACAUGUGUGGCGGUGGGCUCCCCCAUGCCCUAUGUCAAGUGGAUGCUGGGAGCGGAAGACCUCACGCCAGAGGAUGACAUGCCAAUCGGUCGCAACGUAUUAGAGCUGACCGACAUACGCCAGUCCAACAAUUACACUUGCGUUGCCAUGUCGACACUUGGUGUGAUCGAAGCUGUCGCACAGAUUAUUGUGAAAGCUCUGCCAAGGGCUCCGGGAAUGCCAGUGGUGACUGAAAGAACUGCGACCAGCAUCACACUCACGUGGGACUCCGGCAACCCCGAGCCAGUCUCCUACUAUAUCAUACAGCAUCGCGCCAAGGGCUCCGAGGACCCGUACAAGGAGAUAGACGGAAUUGCCACGACGCGUUACAGCGUGGGCGGCCUCAGUCCUUAUUCUCAUUAUGACUUCCGGGUGGCUGCCGUGAACACAAUCGGUCAAGGCCCAUCCAGCGAGGUGGUGGAGGCUCGCACUGCGGAGCAGGCUCCUUCUUCUCCUCCCCGACAGGUCCGAGGUCGAAUGCUGAGCACCACAACAGCGAUAAUCCACUGGGAUGAACCGGAGGAGCCCAAUGGUCAAGUAGUUGGAUACAGAGUCUACUACACAUCGGACAACAUGCUGCCAGUCAAUCAGUGGGAGAAGCAGAUGGUGCGCAGCGCCAACUUCAUCACCAUUCAGAGUCUGACGCCCAACAAGACGUAUUACAUCCGAGUGUUGGCCUUCACCUCAGUGGGGGACGGACCUUUGUCCCAAGAUCUGCAGAUUAUUGCCAAAACCGGAGUCCCGUCCCAGCCUUCAGAGUUCAAAGGGGAGGCCAAAUCUGAAACGAGCAUCCUGCUGUCCUGGGUAGCGCCACCACAGGGGGGGCCAGACAACCAGAUCACUGGAUAUGAACUGGUGUACAGGAAGGUGGAUGAGACUGAGGAGAAGAAGGUGACCUUUGAGCCCUCCACGUCCUACCUGCUGAAGGACCUCAAGCCGUUCUCCACCUACACCUUCCAGCUCGCCGCCAAAAGCAAACACGGAGUUGGCGCUUAUACCAACGAGGUCACCAUCGACACGCCUCAGACAUUUCCUUCAGCGCCUCCACAGGACAUCACAUGCACCAGCCCCAGUUCUACCAGCGUCCUGGUAAGUUGGGCACCACCACCUCUGGAGUUUCAGAACGGCGUCAUUUCCGGAUACGCCAUUCAGUAUUCCACCACCGAGGGCAAUAGAACUAUGAAAAGAAUCACUGGGAUUCCUCCGGAAAGCUCUCCCUAUCUAUUGGAAGGCUUGGAGAAAUGGACUGAGUAUGGCAUUACGGUACAAGCCCAGACAGAAGCCGGAGACGGACCCGAAAGUUUACAGCUUCUUAUCCGCACGGAGGAAGAUGUUCCAAGUGGCCCCCCGCGGGGAGUGGAGGUGGAGCCUGUCAAUGCCUCUGCCAUUAGAGUGAAAUGGCGGGCACCGCUGCUGGAACUUCAGCACGGCCAGAUCCGAGGCUUCCAAGUUCACUAUGUGAGGAUGAACUACGGCGAGCCACAAGGUCAGCCGCUCACAAAGGACAUACUCAUCGAAGACUCGCAGUGGGGAUACGAUGAGUCAAGCGAAUAUGAGGUCAUCCUCCCCGACCUGAAGGCGGACACUUCCUACUCUGUGUCUGUGGGCGCGUACACUGCCAAGGGGGAUGGUGCCCGCAGCAAACCUGUGACUGUAUGCACCGCUCUUCCAUUGCCUGAGAGGCCAAAAUUGCUAGUAAGCGCCACAGAUUCUGGCACCGCUCUCCUUCAGUGGUACCCGCCACCCAACCCACCCACUCCACUUCAAGGUUACCGCCUCACCUUCGGCCGCGUCGACGUUCUUCCCUUCACAGUGGUGGAGUUCCCCACCAAGGAGAACCGCUACACGGCCCAAGACAUCCAUAAAGGGGCUAAUUACGUUUUCCGACUUUCUGCCAGAAACAAAAUGGGCUACGGCGAAGAGGCGGUGAAGGAAAUAAGCACUCCAGAAGACACCCCGAGUGGCUACCCAGAGAACAUUAUCUCAGAAGGAAGUUCUGCCAAUUCCAUUCAGUUAGCGUGGAAGUCUGUCCCACUCAUUGAGCAAAACGGGAAAAUCCUGAAGUACUCAGUGCUCUUCAAGGAUAUAAACAGUCGAGGAAACGCCUCAGAAGUUGUGGUGCCCACGCCAGAGUCCAGCGUGUUACUGGAUGGUCUAAGUGCCGAUACAGUGUAUGAUGUCAGGGUGUGUGCGUUCACUGCUGUUGGUCCUGGGCCCUACAGCCCUGGUGUCCAGAUAAGGACCCAGCGGCUGGACCAAGUAUUUGCCACCAACUUCCGUGUGAAAGCAGCUAUGAAGAAUUCCAUUCUGCUGUCCUGGGAGAUACGAGACAAGAACCCCACCCAGCCCUUCACGAUUCUAUAUGGAAAGGGAAUGUCGGUCGAGGUGGACGGAAAGCAGACGCAGAAACUCAUCACUGGUUUAGAGCCAGACACCCAGUAUUCCUUCCUGCUCACCAACCGUGCGAACAGUGCGGGCGGCCUUCAGCAUCGCGUUACCGCUACAACGGCACCGGACAUCCUAAAAACAAAACCCAUAGUGGUGGGGAAAACCAACGUCGACGGCAUGGUGACGGUGCAGCUCCCCAUUGUGCAGACGACAGCCAAAGUCAGGGGAUACUAUGUGGUGGUGGUUCCCCUGAAGAAGCAGAGAGGUGGCAAGUUCCAGAAUCCCUGGGAGGAUCCGGACCAGAUGAAUCUGGAUGAGCUACUGAGAGAGAUCAACCGGACCAGUGUUAGCCGGGCCCUCCGAAUCCGCAGACAGGCGGCUCAGUCUGAUCCCAGGGCUUACAUUUCAGCUCACUUUAAAACCCUGCCAAUGGAAUUCACUCUUGGCGACGGUCGAAACAUCGGAGAUUUCCGAAACCGUCCGCUGCUGAACGGGCAGGAGUACGUCUUCUUUGUGCUCGCCCUGCUCGACCUCUCUGAGAACACCAUGUUUGCUACGAGCCCGUAUUCCGAUCCCGUAACCUCGUCCGACGUCGACCCGCAGCCCAGGGUGGAUGAAGAGGAGGGGCUUCUGUGGGUGGUGGGGCCAGUCCUGGCUGUCAUUUUCAUCGUCUGCAUCGUCAUUGCCAUCCUACUUUUCAAGAGCAAACCUGACAGGAAACGGGCUGAAGCUGAAGGCAGGAAAGCCAGUUUUCCCUGCAGUAAAGCCAUGUCGUCUCACCAUCCCACCGACCCUGUGGAGCUGCGCAGAAUCAACUUCCAGACGCCAGGCAUGGCAAGUCACCCGCCCAUCCCCCUCUCAGAACUGGCGGAUAACAUUGAGCGCCUCAAGGCAAACGACAAUCUCAAGUUCUCUCAAGAGUACGAGUCCAUCGACCCCGCGCAGCAGUUCACAUGGGAGAACUCCAACUUGGAGGUCAACAAACCGAAAAACCGCUACGCUAACGUCAUCGCGUACGACCACUCCAGAGUCAUUCUCUCCAGUAUCGAGGGAGUUCCCGGCAGUGACUACGUCAAUGCCAACUAUGUUGAUGGCUACCGCCGUCAAAACGCCUACAUAGCCACUCAGGGCUCGCUCCCUGAGACCUUCGGGGACUUCUGGAGGAUGGUGUGGGAGCAGCACACAGCCAACAUCAUCAUGAUGACCAAGUUGGAGGAAAAGUCGCGGAUGCCCUCUUAUUUCUUCUCUAAGGUGAAGUGUGACCAGUACUGGCCAACUCGGGGUACAGAGACGUACGGCCUCAUCCAGGUCACCCUGCUGGACACAGUGGAACUGGCGACGUACUCUGUCAGGACGUUUGCGCUCUACAAGAGUGGCUCCAAUGAGAAGCGGGAGGUUCGUCACUUCCAGUUCACAGCUUGGCCUGACCAUGGGGUCCCGGAACACCCCACACCGUUCCUGGCUUUCCUGCGUCGAGUCAAAGCUUGUAACCCUCCGGAUGCCGGUCCCAUGAUCGUCCACUGCAGCGCCGGAGUGGGCCGCACGGGCUGCUUCAUCGUGAUCGACGCCAUGACGGAGCGGAUCAAACACGAAAAGACCAUCGACAUCUACGGCCACGUCACGCUGAUGCGCUCCCAAAGAAACUACAUGGUCCAGACGGAGGACCAGUACAUCUUCAUCUACGACGCGCUGCUGGAAGCCGUGACGUGUGGGAACACCGAGGUCCCUGCGAGGAACUUGUACUCCUACAUCCAGAGGCUGACGCAGAUCGAGCCCGGGGAGAACGUCACCGGCAUGGAGCUGGAGUUCAAGCGUCUGGCCAGUGCCAAGGCCCACACCUCACGGUUUGUCAGUGCCAACUUGCCAUGCAACAAGUUCAAGAACCGGCUGGUGAACAUCAUGCCCUAUGAGACCACUCGAGUCUGCCUGCAGCCCAUCCGCGGGGUGGAGGGCUCCGACUACAUCAACGCCAGCUUCAUCGACGGAUACAGACAGCAGAAGGCCUACAUAGCGACCCAAGGACCCCUGGCUGAGACUACAGAGGACUACUGGAGGAUGUUGUGGGAACACAACUCCACUAUUGUGGUCAUGUUGACCAAAUUGAGAGAGAUGGGACGGGAGAAGUGUCACCAGUAUUGGCCAGCCGAGCGCUCGGCCAGGUACCAGUACUUUGUGGUGGAUCCCAUGGCGGAGUACAACAUGCCCCAGUACAUCCUCAGAGAAUUCAAAGUCACCGACGCCAGGGACGGCCAAUCACGGACGGUUCGUCAAUUCCAAUUCACCGAUUGGCCAGAGCAAGGAGUGCCAAAGUCAGGGGAGGGGUUCAUUGAUUUCAUCGGCCAAGUGCACAAAACAAAAGAACAGUUUGGCCAGGACGGACCGAUAACUGUGCACUGCAGUGCGGGAGUGGGCAGAACUGGAGUGUUCAUCACGUUGAGCAUCGUGCUGGAGAGGAUGAGGUACGAGGGAGUGGUGGACAUUUUUCAAACGGUCAAGAUGCUACGCACACAGAGACCUGCCACAGUUCAAACAGAGGACCAGUACCAAUUCUGCUACCGAGCCAGUCUGGAGUACCUGGGAAGCUUUGAUCACUAUGCAACAUAAACCCAGUGGCCGCCUCUCACAGCGCAUCAUCCGCUAGUGACCAAGCGCACUACGCCGUGAUGUGUUUUGGAAGAUUCGGCCAUGACAUGCAAAGUGAGCGGGGACCAUCAGCUUGUCCCAGAAACAGCACCACUAACUGAGCCAUAGCAACCUGCUUGACAAGGGUGUCUCCCUCCUUCUCCCUCCACCUCAAAAUUGGUCUUGGAAAAAAAAAGCGACUUUUUUCAUUCAAUUCCGUAUGUAUUUCUAUUUGUUUGUGUGCUAUUUUGAGCACCCAGGUUACAUUGUUGUGGAACUCAAACCUCAUGCACCACCAGUGUAGCAUCACCAACCUGAAACUAGCGUUUAAGCCGACACAAGACGUUUUGUUUUCGUCCGUCUUUAGCAUAUAUAUAUCGAGAAAUAUAUAUAUAUGACUGGAACUGUGUGUGGGGGAGACUUGAGCGCCUACAGGAGACUGUGCACGAGGAACCCACAGUAUUUAAGAAUCUCAAAAGAAGAUCAAGUGGAAUUGUGUUUUGAAACAGACUGACGUUUCCUAUGAAGGAGAACCAUGUUUCUAUACUAUAGUAAUAAAGACACCAGUUAGACCUUAUGAUUCACAAUAACACAUAAGGGAAAUUUAAAUGUAUACCACAAGAUAUUUAGUUUUUUUAAAAGAAAUGUAUCGACGUGAAUUGCUUUUUUAAGAUGGAAGUGACUCAAUAUCCUGUCUUCUUUUUUUUCCCCGUGUACAAGCAUCAUGGCGGUUUUCUGUUUCAUUCUUUUCUCCCAUUCCCUUGCUUUUCUUUCAUUUCCUGUUAUAAGUGUAAGGGUUUUGCUGUUGCUGUGCUGUUCAAAAGUGUACAAUCAAAACUGUCGUGGAAGAUGUUCACUGAGAAAAGGACCACCUGUAAGUGUCCCGUUGCCUCCACUCUGGUUUUAAAGGCGCACACUUGUGCAUGCAUGUCAGAACGUUUUUUUUUUUUUUUCUUUUAGUGUAAAAUGAAAAGUGCAGCAUUUGGAAGACCAUACAUACAUAUGUUUUACGUGUAGAUGAUAGAAAGAUGAUUCACAGAUUCAUAUUCACUGAAUGGAGAUUUUAAAAAAAAGGAAAAAAAUAGAAGAAGAUGUAUGUCCAAAUAAGCUUCACCAAUAUGUCUCAAACAGGGAGCGGAAGUGGGAUGUACAGGACGGGGGUUUGGGGGACGCAGCAAUUUUCUCACUGGAACGCUCACCUCUGACUCGGCUCUCUGUCUGAUUGUGUGCAAUAAGUAGAUUUAUUUUAUAUUUUCUGUGUCACGGCAGUCAGAUGCCCUUCUGAUGACGACGUCCAGCGAUGUGUCUUUUUUUCAGACACCAGUCAAUUUAUCUCAUGAACGGAGGCAUUUGACCUUUGACCUCUGAGGAAGUAGAGCUCUUUCUUGUGUCGCGGUUCUCGUAGAUGAUGUCAUCCUUUUAGGCAAACAGCGAAUGAUCCGUCAUGUUUCUCAACAGCAUCUGAGUAUUUUAUUUUUAGAUUUCUAGUGCCUUAUAUUAGACGCCUAUUUUGAUAAAGUUAUUUUCAAAGAUUUUCGUUUGUGUGUAUUGUAUUAUAUGUAUGUAUACUUGUGUGUGCGUGAGAGUUGUACGUAUGUCUGUACUUUUUUUUUUGUCGAGUAUUUUAUGUUCAUUUAGUUCAGAUUUUGUUGAAGAAGUUGGAAAGUAUGAUGAAAUAUCAGCAGCAGCAUCACACGUAUCAAAGUAAAGACCUGUAGAUGGACGGGAAGUUCUAUUCGGCUGGAUGAUCAGAUCACAUGUAACAGCUUGGCCAGUUAUUUGCUUAGUUUCUUUCAGGGCCACUUGUAUAAGCUUACUGUUUAAAAAAAAAAAAAAACGCUUUCUACAGACUUAGUUUCUGUGUCAAACUAAAUAGUAGAAGUUCUGCUUGUCAAAAAAAAAAAAAAAUGAUAAUAAGGUACUAACCCCUCACCUGAGACAGUCAUACUGGAUGCAUGAGUUUUGUCUGACGUCCGUGUGCAUUUCCUUUAACGUCAAGAGGCUGAGAAAAGUUUCGGUGCUACUUCAACAAUACAAAUCUUUCUCUUUUUUUGGUAUCACUAUUAAUGCUUGACCAUGUAAGGCAUCGUUGGCUGUUUCCCACCUUUCUGUGGUGUCCCAGUUGCAGUUUUUGUAUGCAUGGUACCACUUUUGAGAUGUCCCCUCGGUCGCACCAGUUAUGGGAAGACUUGCACUUUCUAUCUUUGUACUAUGCACUAAUACGAGUAUGGUUUUAUCUGUUCAACCCGCCCGACCCCAAAAGGAAAGAGGUUUUACUUGAACUCAGUCAAGAGGGAUCCUGUUCAGCUCACACGGUUGUGUAUAUGUAAAUAACACAAAACACAGAGAGUAACUGAUGAUGAUGAAAAAUAAACAGAAGUAUAUGCUAAAGAGGGUAUAGAGAGUGAUAUGAUAUCAAUGGAUGCACCUAAAAAACACUUUAUGGCACAGCAGUACAUGCAAUACAUCACAUUGUGGCUUUGUCGUACCACAAAAAGAAGUUUCACGACUUUGAAAAGAGUGUUCUAUCGACCCUGUGCCCACCCCCCGAUGUAUCAUCUAGAUGGAUAAAACUGGAGUUUAUAAAUUGUAUAAAAAAAAAACAAAAAAACUAUGGUGUGUUAUUUGGACUGGUUAUUUUUUAACUGGUCUGUCAAUGUAUUUUGUUUGUUUCUGCUCCAAGUCAACAAGUGCUUUUUAUUUUCUUACAUCGGUUCUCGGAGUGUGUGAAAACAGGUCUGUAUGGAUUUAUGUUCUUUGUCGACACAGGUUUUAUUUGUUACAAAUAAACUUAAGUA